ACGAACUCAAAAAAAAGACGCUUCAUCAGAAAAGUGCAAAUAUCUCGUCGAAUUUAACUAAAAACCCCCGCAAAAAUGGAGAGUCUCGGCGUCAACAUCGCGAACUUGCAGAAAAUCGAAGCCUUCCUGUCGGGCGACUCGUACAAAGAGAUGCUCGAAAACAGCGAAACCUUCAACACUCGCCUAUGCAUCGAGCGAAAGUUACGGAUGCCAUUUUUGGACCCGCAAACAGGCAUCGCCCAGAACAAUUCGCAGCUCUUCAUGAAACGUCGUCAACGGAUGCCUGGCAUGAAAACGGGACAAAUUUACUCGUAUCCCGCAGCUCGUUGGCGCAAAGCUCGUCGUCAGUAUCUCACGAAUCCGCGUCCGUUCGGGAAAUUACGCGAAAUCACGUCGUACGAGGACGAAUCGCGACACAGUUUGGACAACAGCACGAGUUUGGGCGCCAUCGAUACCGAUAGCAAGGACAGUCAACGCGACGAUAACAUGCCCAAGGAGUGGUUUUACGACGAUUACGCCGAAAUGCACGACAUGGGAGACUUUGAUGAGCCCGAACCCGAAUCCGAUGGCGAUUACGAGGAGCCUUAUCACUUCAAGCGGCAACGAAGGCGAGGCAGAGGCGGCAGAUCGCGUGCCAAUGAAUACAGUCCUCGUGCUCGCGGAAGAGGAUCUCGAGGUCCUCGAGGCGGAAGAUCACGCGGAGGUCCUUCACAAGCUCCCGGUUUCAUGGAUAACUCGAUGGAACUCCCGGGAAGUUCGACUCCUCAACGAAAUCGCAACAAUCGACAAUCAAUGCCGGGUCCGCCAUCGACACAAUUCACUCCGGGCGGCGGAAGUACGACUUUUAUCCCUUCGGGAUAUCCAACGGGAGGCGAUGCCGCAACAGAUCCCGCCAUGCCCGUUUUGAUGCCCGAACAAAAACUCCCCGAAGACCCCGACGACAAACUUUUGCCGCCUGCCCAUUACAUUCGCAAGCCGGAAAAGGGCAAAGCUCCGCCGUCGCCGUACUGCGAUUUUUGUCUGGGCGACGCGCGCGAAAACAAGAAAACGAUGCAGCCCGAAGAUUUGGUCUCGUGUUCGGAUUGCGGGCGUUCGGGGCAUCCGUCGUGCUUGCAAUUCACCAAAAACAUGACAAUUUCCGUGAAAAAGUACCGAUGGCAGUGCAUCGAGUGCAAAUAUUGCUCAAUUUGUGGCACGUCAGACAAUGAUGAUCAACUGCUUUUUUGCGACGAUUGCGAUCGCGGGUAUCACAUGUAUUGCUUAUCGCCGCGUCUCGCAAAUCCUCCCGAAGGUUCGUGGUCAUGCAAAUUGUGCAACGAAGAGUUCCAUGGCGGCAAGAAGGAUUAAAAAAAUGAGAUUUAGUCAACAAAAAUUUAGUAGUAUUCGAAGUUUUUCCAACAUGAACAACACAAAAUCACGACCUCGAAUUGUAAGAUCCUCCCUUUAUAGAAGAUAUUUAGACAGUAGAACAAGCUUUUUCUCCAUAGACCUUAAGUUUAGCAAUAAUUUUGACAAUUUAUGUAUUAAAAAAGCAUAAUUAGACAUUAAGAAUGUAUUUCUACGAACAAAUUUUCCUAAAUUUGAGUACUCUGUAGAAUUUUAAACCGAGAUGUAAUCAAGAAAUGUAAGAUAUUUUAUUCAUUUUGUAUUUAAAUAUAA